GUGCGUCAUGCGUCCCAAUCACACAGGUGAUUUCUAUUAGCGUGACUCUCCGCUGGCAGGUGGAGCAGGAGUCCGCAAAGUCUCUUCUGUGGGGGCUGCUCUGUGGCAAACUACUGCAGUUAGCUUUGCAGAUGUGCAGGUUGAGCAGUGAACAUGGCGGAGAACCACAUGGAUCAAGACUACAUGGGGGGCGAUUCUUUCGGAGAGCAUUACGCAGAGGACCCUGAGCUGGCAGCUAUCAAGGCCAGGGUACAUGAGCUGGAGAUGGAGGAAGAAUCAGAGCGCCUCAGAGAGGAAGAGGAGCAGUGUGAUGCUGUAGAUAUGCAGCUCCUGACCAGUAGCCCUCGGCUUGGUGAGCCCAAAGGGCCAUUUUACAACAUGACACCCGAGGAGAGAAUAGAUGCUGACAACAGAUCGGUCUACGUAGGAAAUGUGGACUAUGGUGCUACAGCAGAUGAGUUAGAAAUCCAUUUCAAUGGCUGUGGUCCAGUGAACAGAGUGACCAUCCUUUGUGACAGGUUUUCUGGUCAUCCAAAAGGCUUUGCUUACAUAGAGUUUUCUGAUCGAGAUUCUGUGGAGAGUGCCAUUGGACUGCAUGAGACUUUGUUUAGGGGUCGAGUUCUCAAGGUAUUACCCAAAAGGACAAACAUGCCAGGCAUCAGCACCACUGAUCGCGGUGCCCACCGUGGAGGUCAACCCAGAGGCAGGGCCAGAGGUUUUCGCCCUCCCAGGUACCCCAGCAGCUCUCGGGGCAGAUUCAGAUACCAGACACCCAGACCGCAACAUCAGAACCCACACCCUUACUACGGAGGCCCUCCUGUGGGCAAGAGGCAGUGGGGACAUAUGGAUUAUCAUGAACAGGUGCCAAAACGCUAUCCUUGUCUUCUCCUCAUCACUCCACCAUCAGAAGAAUUGGGCGCUGGAUCAAGUGGACACCACUAUCCACACCAACGUUAAAAUUUAAGAGGCCUGGGCUGAAUGAUGGACUUAAAUAGGCUGACAAAGUUUUGCCUACAAGUUUAAAAGGAAAAAAAACAAAUCUCCUCAAAGGAGUGUGCAUAUUAACAUUAUUGCAUGGACAAUUUGCAUCAAUGUCUUUUUAAAUUGUUAAAGUAUACUUGUAAACAAAUAAAUAUUCCAGUGGUUUUUA